UUUUGUAUUAAUAGAAAUCAGUUGUUUACUAGUUUUUGUUUUUGUUUUAGCCUCGAAAAGAACCGUCAGUUGUGAGUUCACAACCCUAUCACUAUAAAGCACGUAUUCCGUACAUGUCAGCAGAGUCGGCCGGAGGCAUUCGGGCCAUUUCCGGAAUUGAUCUGGCAACCGUCUCCCAUGCGAUGCGUUCAAAGGGGCACUUUGUUCCAACAACACCCGCUGAUCCGCCUAAGAAGGCGUCCUUGUUUCGUCGCCUGUGCUGUCGCUCAAGACAAGCACCGAAGCCAGUAACCGUCGACGACGUAAUAGUCCGUGGAACGAUCUGCCAGGACAGCGUCGGACCGUUAUUUGUAAACAGGCAAUGCACCACUAUGGCUUAUGAAGCAUUGGCCUACCAAGCCUUACGGAGCCACCCUGAGACCUGGACGUCUACAGACAUAAACACAAUCAUCCGUCUGGGCCAUCGACAACACGCUCGUUUCAGGCUUACUGAUAAAAUAAGCAUCCAAUUGGAUGGGAAAGUGGGCACUUACCAGCUUCCUGACAAAUAUCGAGUGCGUACCAUCCCAGAAUUUUUGAGCAAUGAAACUUAUGGAAGGAAUUUAAGACCGGAAGUGACAGCAUCGCUGCUUUCCUGUGUUGACGGUUGCUUCCAAUACAAAGACCGUGAAAACGCAGAUGCGUUAUUUGAAGUGGCUCCAGAAUUUCCAACGUUCAUGGCAAAUGCGUUGGAGAUGAAUCAGCAGGAAGCCGUCCACAUGGUCCUGACAAUUGGAGAACUAUCUGUUGCAGUAUGGAGGAGGAAAGACGACAGCAGACUAUGGCUGUUUGAUAGUCAUCGUCGGGGCCCAAAGGGAGACUACCACUUCGGCCCGACGGGAACACAACAAUCUGACCAAGGUGCCGCCCUUAUUCAUUCUUUUGAGGACCUGGACUCCCUGAUGACGCACUUAAUUAAUCAACACGGAACCAACUUUCAAUACAGCGCUGCACUGCUCAGCUACGAUGUGAUAGCUAAUGAAACAGAGCUGACAAUUUCAUAUGUGCAGGAGAAAAAAACAGAAAGGGUGAAAGGGUUUCGAAAGGGAUGA